AUGAUCAAGAUGUUGGAUCCCGAUGAUGAACAAUUGUGGAAUAUAGAUGGACCAGACGAGGAAGAAGAAAACCAAUUCAUUGCUAACUCUUCACUCUCUGUCGAAGAUGGUACCUCGUUUGAUCCCGCUUCACCCACUCCUGCGACGAAUAUACCCUUUCCUCAGUCUAGCAUAUCUCCAGUCAACUCCAUUCAUUCAACACAGCAUUUUCGACUCCCAUUGGCUAACGACAUUUCUCGAAAUCUCCCCCUCACAUCGAGAACAAGUCCCUACUUUGAUGAACACCUGAAAAGAGACGUCCAAUCGACAGAAUCAAGUCAACCUGCCUCGAAGAGGAUUACAGAUAUGUAUAAUCACGUUGUAUCAGAUCAACCUCUAAUGACAGACAAAGCUAAUAGUCCGCCACCUUCACAAAUGUUAAUGCAAGACGAGUCGGUGGCGGUGGAUGAUGAGACUACCAAGACCACAAAACAACAUGAUCCGGUCGCUCCUGUGAAAUCGAGGGUCAAGCUUGUCUCUAAAUCUCGUCUCAUUAGUGAUGCUCAUCGGAAGUGUUUCAAGUUUCCGGUUUUUAAUGAGAUACAAAGCGCUGUUUUCGAAGAUGUGUAUUGUGGGGAUACGAACGUAGUGGUCGCUGCUCCAACUGGUGCCGGAAAGACAACUAUCUUCGAACUCGCAUUUCUCCGUACACAAAGCCGAAUCGUACAAAACAAUGACAAGCCACUGUCAAUUUAUAUGGCUCCGACAAAGAGUCAAGACUGGCAAAAGCGUUUUGCAGAGCAUAUUGGUGUCAUUUGCUCCGAAAUCACUGGAGACUGCAGUGACAAUUUUGCUGUCAAUACACAUCUGAAAAGGUCUGACCUUGUUGUCACGACACCUGAAAAAUUAGAUUCGAUCACUCGAGGGAGAGCGUGGAACCAUAAGCUGAUCGGACGCUUGGAACUCAUCAUGAUAGACGAGGUACAUAUCCUUGGAGAAGAUAGAGGUGCAACAAUGGAAGUUGUCAUCUCUCGUAUCAAACAAUCGAAACCCUCUGUGCGCAUCAUAGCAUUUGGGGAAGAAUACCGACCGGUCCCAUUGAAACGUGAAGUGUAUGGUAUCGAAGGUGGAGGAAAUGAGUGGGCUCUUGCGCCCAAACUUGAUAGGGAGCUAUUUCCUCUUCUCCUCAAGCACGGCGAAGGCAAACCUGUUCUUGUUUUCUGCCCCACACGUCGUUCUUGUCAAACGACUGCUGAUCUGAUCUUCAAGCUUUAUGAAGAGUCGCGCGCCCAAAAGCUGCUGGUUCCCUGGCAUCACAAAGAAACAGAUCAAUUGAAUCUGAAGGAUAACAAACUUGCAGCGCUGUCAACCUGCGGCAUUGCGGUCCAUCAUGCGGGUCUCGAUUACGCGGAUAGAAAGGCCAUUGAACAAGGAUUUAUCGGUGGAAAGCUCCACAUGAUUGUAGCGACCUCUACUUUGGCUGUCGGGGUCAACCUUCCAGCUCAUACAGUCGUCAUCAAAGGUACCAUGGCAUGGCACGGUCCCGUUGCAGGAUUUCAAGAGUAUUCGGACAUUGAUAUUCAACAAAUGAUGGGACGAGCCGGUCGACCACAAUUCGACAAAACAGGCACCGUUGUAGUGAUGUGCGAAAAGUCUAAAGUUAAGAAGUAUCAGUCGAUGUUAUACUCGGAGUCCAUUCUUGAGAGCUGCUUGCAUCGCAAUCUUACCGAGCACGUAAAUUGUGAGAUAGGACUUGGUACCAUUACAACCCUCGGUAGUGCACACGAGUCGUUUCUAUACAUCCGCAUACAACAAAAGCCUAAUCACUAUGCCAAGGCAUUAGAAGAUGCCGGCUCCGACUCACAGUACAAAUCGUGGGAAGAAUACCUCUAUCAUUAUAUUGAAGAAUCACUGUCUAAACUUGUUGAUAACGGUUUUGUCCAGCGAGUGGAAAUGGAGGGAUCUAAUGGGGAUUAUAAACUUAUUCCAACCCAAGAAGGUGAAAUUUUAAGAAGAUCCAUGAUUGCGUAUCAUACAAUGCAACGAAUCAUGACAAUCAACGAGGACUCGACUUUACUUGAUCUUCUGGAGAUUUUGGCUGGGGCAUAUGAGUACCAAGAUCUGCGGAUCCGCCCGGGUGAAGCCAAGGACAUCAAGUAUAAAUUAGAUGAAACCGUAGCAAGCUACGCAGACAAGGUUUUCAUACUGCUACAAGCACAAUUAGCAUCGAUCCAGCUCGAUGAAGAUAAGAAAACAGAGGCUACUUCACCCCUACAAACUCAAAUGGUCAUAUUUGUUCAUGCUGGACGAAUUGCUAAAGCCAUUUUGCAAGUUGCUGCCCUUCGCAAAUAUGGGAAGCCAAUGCUGGCCGCUUUGGAACUUUUCCGUGCUAUCGCUGGAAAGGCAUGGGACGAUUCGGCAUCGGUUUUUAGGCAAUUAGAAAACGUUGGUCCUGUAUCCAUCAGAAACCUAGUUGAAGCUGGCAUUCGAACAUUCGACCAACUAUUGGCUCUUGAUACUCAUCAGACGCAACAAGCGCUCAAGAAGAAGUCGUACGAUCUUGCUCGGGAUGUUCGAGAUCAAGCUAGGCGUAUGCCCCGGUUCAUAGUAUCCAUAGAGGAGGUCGGGGUGGAAGACUCAUCAGAUGGAGAUUACCGCGUCCUGAACCUGCUGCUUAAUGCCAAACCAUUAAGUGAUAACAUCUUGGACAAAGAUGAAGACAAGAAGCGACGCCUCAAACCGUCCACAUGGAACUGGUCAAUCCUUCUCCUUCGACAGGACUAUAGCUUCAUUGUAUACAUCAGAAAGAGUCUCCCUGCGCUUCUCAAGAAAAAGACUAUCAGCUAUCCUUUUAAGGUAGACCUGAAUAAGCGUUGUGAUAAGAUCAUUGCUGUUGUCGGAGUGGAAUAUGUUACCAAUCUUAGCGAUACCGUGUAUCCAGAAAACAUGGAGGAUCCCAAUCUAUCUGGAACCAUUUCUGUAAACGAUGAAGGUGAAAACGAUGAAGAACAUCCUCUUCCCAACGUACCAUGUCAUCAUUCUUGCCAAGACACGAAUACUUGCGGUCAUGCUUGUUGCAAAGAUGGAGUUGCACCCAAACCCACAGCCAAAGUCAAGUCUCGCAUCAAAUCAAUCCAAGGCAUCGAUACAGCAGACAAGGCUCAUAAGCCCAACUCACAUAUGCAUGUGGAGAAGAUCAAAAUGGUAGACCAGGUGGCGACUCCUACUCAUCCCGUCUCUACACCCGCUCUCAGAUCUCCUUUAAAAACUGAAGGUCUCUUCUUGUCAGCUUCGAGCUCUUCCGAGAUCGAGGUACUCGAUGCGACGAAACCUACCCGAGUCCAGUCCAAGUCGAAAACCAGCUCUGUCUCCGCUGAUCCUUCGUCAAUCGGAUCCCCUACUUCAUCCGAAAAGGUCAUCAGCCCGAAUCUGAAUCGUCAACGGAAUAUCCUUUCUGACGACGUGUACGAACUAAUCCCUGCAGAAAGCUCAUGGGAAAAACCAGCUUCUGGUACAGACUACUCUGCUUACCCAGAACAAAUUGAAGAUCAUCCAAUGGAAAACACCUCCGGAGAAAUUCCUGAUCACUCACAGGUGACCUUUCUGACUGCUAAUGACAACUCUGACUUUGACAUCGAAGACAUGUUCAAGGAUGUCAAUGUCGUUUCUGACACUCACCAAUCUUCGUCUUCGCUUAAUGAACCGUAUGUCCCCUAUCAAAGCCCACCUCAGCCUGAGCAAAGUGUGCGUUUCGAUUUCGACAUUGCAGAAGCAAAUCAGGAUUACAACGGUCAUUAUCAAGACAACAACAUGAUGUCACAAGAUCAUCAAUGCGAUGAGCUUCUCCUAGACUCUCACAAUGCAGAGGAUUGGAAUGAUAGAAACCCGUACGCUGAUCAUGACUAUGACGAAAUCAACAAUGCGCCUCGAUUGCUUGUUGAUUCGCGAGACGCUAAAGACGAAGAUCAUCAAGACAUCGAUACGAGAGUCAGGAAAAGAGCACGCUUCUCAUCCGCGACUCCCGACUGUAGAUUGAUCCCUUCUAGGUAUGAAGAAAAGCAGGGUCUUCGUAAAGACCAUGGGAAAUAUAACGGUUAUGAUACUAACUUUACGGCUCCUCGAUCUCGCUCAAAUUCACAAGAAGGAAUCGAUUAUGAUGAGUUUGAUAGUCUUCAUGAUUCAAACCUGUACGAUCCAGCAGAAGGAUUCUGCGCCGAUGUCGAAGACGAAACUGCCGAACAGCGUGGUGUGUAUGCUCAUUAUGAAGGACGAUAUGAUCAGCAACACUAG